GCAGACGAAUGGUUAAAACGCAAAAUACGAAAUGGAAUUCGCAUAACGUUGAGAAACUGCCCCGGCAACCAUUAACAUUUUAACUCAUCAAAGUCUUCAUUAAAGAAAAGAGAGAAGUUUGACUGAAAAGAGGGAAGUUAGACAGCACAUAUUCAAAUGAAACUGUUGAGACAAAAGUUUUUGCAAGCAUAAAAAUUUUGUCAAAAUCUAUUAUUGCAGAUUUGCCAUCCCUUCUCCUGAAGAGCCACAGGGACUCGUUCAGUUUCAAAAAUUGUAACUGGUGAAAUAGAGUAGGGUUUGGAUCCUAGGAUUUUUAAAGUUCCAAACGUUGUGAAAUUUUAGAGAUGAAACUUCAAGUCAUUCACAAUUAGCUGCUGUCAACUAAAAUGACUGUUUAUUUAGUACCCAGUUGAUAUCAGGAUCUGCCAUUCACUUGAAGAGUGUAUUUUGGUCUACAUCCAGCCCCACUGGCCAACAGUGAAGUCAACCCGCUAAAAAAUGUCGCCGUGAAUAACGUGCUGGACGCGCAGCUGGACGUUUGAGAAUCUAGAAAAUGAAGUUCUUUCCAAUUCUCUUCCUUGCGGUUGUCGUCUUCCUGGCUGUCGCUGCGGAGGCCCAAACAACCAAGAAACCAACAGCUGCGACGACGACGACCACCAAGAAACCUGCGAGGACAACGACAUCGAUGGGUAAACCUGCAACAAUAAAGACAACCGUUAAAUCAACUACCACAAGAACAUCCAAGACAACGACUACCAGCAAGCCCGUCACCUCGAAGACAACCGUCAAACCCUCCAGCAGAACCACCGUCAAAACGACGUCCACUAAACCUGCCAAGACGACGGCCAAACCAACAACUGUCAAGACAACAACGCCAGGGAAAGCAAGCGCACGAACGACUCCAUCGUCUCAAAAAACGACAUCUCUUAAGCCGAGGACAACAACAACCAGAACUACAUCGACGACGUUAGUACCGCCCACCACCGCCAGAACAACAGCUGCGCCAACCACUUCCACGGGUCAAAAGAACACAACGACAUCUUCGGCCGCUAGUUCAUCUGUCACAACGGCAACAGCAGCAGAGACAACAACAACUCCUUCGCCGGUUCUCUUUGAUUGUUUGGUUUCUGAUCCAGCGUGCGGAAAUAUGUGCGGCAACGUGACGUCAACGACUACCGGUGUCGUCCAGUCUCCCGACUUUCCCGGCAACUACGAGAAUUAUAACAAGAAAUGCUAUGUCAUCAUUACCGCACCGGCAGGUUGGAUGAUCCAAUUGAAAUUCACCGACUUCAAUGUGGAAACCAACGUCUGCUCUGUUUACGUUGCUGAUUAUGUAACGUACCUAUUGCCUCCGACAUCCGGCAACACAAUUCCUGCCCUAGUACCCGCAACCACCGGCAGCAUGGAAAUCGGCUAUGAAUUUUCUGCCAGUAGUAAAACCAACACCGCGACAUCUGGUCAACGAUGGCAGGCGAAUUUUUCUGUGACGAGCCAAGGGAGUUCUUGUUCCGUCCAGGAUCCAUUAGCUGUCGUCUGCCUGGCCGUCGCCGCUACUGGGGAGGCCCUUGGCGAAAUCUGCAAUUCCCAGAAAACCCCAACCAAGUUGAUAGCGAGAAGAACCUGGCCCAGUCAAAUUGCCACGACGACGGCCAAACCGACAACCGUAAACCCAUCGACGACGACAGCACCAACUACAACUACAACUACUGCCACAACUACAACCACCAUGGCAACAACAACAACUCCUUUGCCGAUUCUUUUCAAUUGCUCCGUUUCUGAUCCAGCAGCUUGCGGAACUAUGUGCACCAAUCUGACGUCUGGUGGAGGUGUUGUCCAGUCUCCCGACUUCCCAGGCGACUACGGGAAUGAUUCCAGGGUUUGCAAAAUCGUCAUAACCGCGCCAGCAGGUUGGAUGAUCCAAUUGAACUUUACCACCUUCAAUUUGGAGACUAACGUCGGCUAUGUUGGUGUUCACGAUGAAUCCUUGAUUCUAUUGCCUCCGACAUCCGGCAACACAAUUCCUGCCCUAGUACCCGCAACCACCGGCAGCAUGGAAAUCGGCUAUGAAUUUUCUGCCAGUAGUAAAACCAACACCGCAAUAUCUGGUCAACGAUGGCAGGCGAAUUUUUCUGUGACGAGCCAAGGGAGUUCUUGUUCCGUCCAGGAUCCAUUAGCCUGUGGCAAUAUGUGUGGCGACGGGACGUCCAUCGGUACCGGUGUUGUCCAGUCUCCCCACUUCCCCGCCGACUACGGGAAUAAGGACAGGUAUUGCGCUGUCACCAUUAUCGUUCCAGCAGGAAAGAAAAUCCGGUUGGAAUUCACCACCUUCAAUUUGGACGAUAACUAUGGUUCUAUUGAUGUUGCCGACACGGGCUCGCUUUAUUUGUCUGGGGCAACCGGAAGUUUAACUCCUGCAGAAGUCACCACAACAUCCAACAUAGUGUACCUAUUUUUUUCGGCCUAUGCCAGUAGUGCAUUCAGCGUCAGCACCUCAAUAUAUAAUUGGCGGGCGACUUACACUGCUAUCACGGAAGAUACGACAGGCCUAGGCCUAGGCCUACAUCUACCAUAACGGAUAUGAGCAACUACAACCAAGAUAAAAUUAUUGGCUCCUUUUUUAAAAUAAAUGUCAUUGAGUUCAUCAGCCAUUCAAAAAUAGAAUUUUGUGAUUCAAGAACGUAAUCGGAUGAUGUUGUUGUUUGUAGUGCAACCUUUAUAAUCUCUUUUGCAGUUGUGUAAUUAGGCAGUUCCGAGGACGUCAGAGACAUUAUAAGUUGAC